CGCGGCGCUGUAGUCGCAGCUCCAGAAGAGGCGGCGGGCGCUGCGGGAGGAGCCGCACAGGAUUACUUACCCAGGCUUCGCGGCUGCUUCUCGUGGAAGUGCUGGUGGCUCAGGAGGGGGGGAAAUAAAACCGGAAUAGAGCGCGCCGACGACUACGGCAGAUUAAAGGUUCUGUGUGGAAGACCUAAGUGUACUGUUCAUUUGAGGCUGGACAAGAACUUCUAACUUUUGGCAGCUGAAGAUGUUGUUACUAUGGAAACAGAUGUUCCUGCUUUUCUUUGUUGGCUGCCUUGGAGAUCUUGAAAACCUAAAGACAAAAAUAAGAAGCACAGUGUCUGUACGAGAAGGACAAGGGGUUGUUCUGCUGUGUGGGCCACCAACUCAUUCUGGAGAACAUUCUUAUGCUUGGAUCUUCAAUGAAUAUCCAUCAUUUGUACAAGAAGACAGUCGUCGAUUUGUUUCUCAGGAAACUGGGCAUCUCUACAUAGCCAAAGUAGAGCCAUCUGAUGUAGGAAAUUAUACAUGUGUUGUGACAAGUACCGUAACAAAUGCCAAAGUUCUUGGCUCGCCAACACCUUUAGUGCUGCGUACUGAUGGAGUAAUGGGGGAAUACGAACCCAAAAUAGAAGUUCAGUUUCCUGAAUCACUUCCAGCUGCUAAAGGUUCGAUAGUAAAACUGGAAUGCUUUGCCCUUGGAAACCCAGUACCUCGGAUUAACUGGAGAAGAGCUGAUGGGAUGCCAUUUCCAAGCAAAGUAAUGUUGAGGAAAUCCAAUGGCAUGAUUGAAAUUCCAAAUUUCCAACAAGAAGAUGCUGGUCUCUAUGAGUGCAUUACGGAGAACUCUAGAGGGAAAAAUGUUGCCAGGGGGCGCUUGACAUAUUACGCAAAGCCUCACUGGGUUCAACUCAUAAAAGAUUUUGAAGCUGCGGUGGAGGACAACUUAUACUGGGAAUGCAGAGCAAGCGGCAAACCCAAGCCGUCCUACAGGUGGCUGAGAAAUGGAGAGCCUCUAGCAUUGGAGGGAAGAAUACAAAUCGAAAAUGGGGCUUUGAUCAUAACAAACCUCAACUUGACAGAUUCUGGCAUCUACCAGUGUAUUGCAGAAAACAAACAUGGGACAAUAUAUUCCAGCGCUGAUCUCAGAGUUGUAGCCUCUGCUCCUGACUUCUCUAAAAGCCCGAUGAAGAAGCUGAUUCAGCUUUUAAUUGGCAGCACAGCUCAUUUUGACUGCAAGCCGAAAUCUUCCCCUAAAGCGACGACUACUUGGAAAAAGGGAGGUGAGCUGCUCCAAGAAAAUGAAAGAAUAUCACUAUUAAAAGAUGGAGGCCUCCGAAUAGCUAAUGUGAGUAAAUCAGAUGCUGGAAGUUAUACUUGCCUGGCAGAGAACCAGUUUGGAAAAGCUAGUAGUUCAACUAGCUUAUUAGUUACAGAACCAACUCGGAUAACUCUGGCACCUUCAAACAUGGAUGUUUCAGUAGGGGAAAGUGUUAUCUUGCCCUGUCAAGUUCAGCAUGAUCCACUGCUGGACAUUAGUUUUACAUGGUAUUUUAACAGCGCAUUGACUGACUUCAGAAAGGACGCAUCUCAUUUUGAGAGAGUAGGUGGGAGUGCAUCGGGAGACUUAAUGAUUAGGAAUAUCCAACUGAAACACAGUGGAAAAUACGUGUGCAUGGUGAAGACGGAAGUGGAUAGUGUGUCAUCUGCAGCAGAUCUCAUAGUUCGAGGCUCACCUGGACCACCGGAACGUGUAAAAGUGGAUGAAAUAACAGCUACCACAGCCCGGCUGACUUGGCAUGAGGGCUUAGAUAAUCACAGCCCAAUCGCUAGUUAUACAAUACAGGCCAGGACACCCUUUUCAGUGGGAUGGCAAAGAGUCACAACAGUUCCUGAUGUCAUUGAUGGGAAGACGUUCACAGCCACUGCAGUAGACUUAAACCCUUGGGUUGAAUAUGAAUUCCGUAUAGUUGCCAGUAACAAAAUUGGAGGUGGAGAACCUAGUUUACCCUCAGAAAAAGUAAGAACUGAAGAGGCAGUUCCCGAGGUACCACCAUCUGAAGUGAGUGGAGGAGGUGGCAGCAGGUCUGAACUGGUCAUCACAUGGGAUCCCGUUCCUGAAGAAUUACAAAAUGGUGAAGGAUUUGGCUAUGUUGUAGCUUUCCGACCUCUUGGCGUUACAACCUGGAUACAGACAGUUGUCACGUCACCUGACACACCCAGAUACGUCUUCAGAAACGAAAGCAUCUUGCCCUUUUCACCAUAUGAAGUCAAGGUUGGUGUGUAUAAUAAUAAAGGAGAAGGACCAUUUAGCCCCGUGACCACAGUGUAUUCUGCUGAAGAAGAACCCACCCUAGCACCUUCUGGUGUAUCUGCAAACAGCCUCUCAUCUUCUGUAAUUGAAGUCUCCUGGGUUUCCAUUCCUUGGAAAAUGAGUAGUGGAAGAUUGCUGGGCUAUGAGGUGAGGUACUGGAAUAAUGGUGGGAAAGAACAGUCUUCCAACAGAAUAAAAGCCAUUGGAAAUGAGACAUCAGUAAGAAUAACAGGCUUGAUGAGCAACCUUGUGUACUAUACAGCUGUUCGAGCAUACAACAGUGCGGGAGCAGGUCCUUUCAGUGCCACUGUCAAUGCUACCACAAAGAAAACACCACCCAGCCAGCCUCCAGGAAACGUUGUGUGGAACGUUACCGACUCCAGGAUCGUGCUGAAUUGGGAGCAGGUGCAUGCAAUGGAAAACGAGUCAGAAGUCAUUGGUUAUAAGGUUUUGUAUCGGACUAGCAGUCAAAGCGAGCUCAGUGUCCUUAUGACAAACAGAACAUCUGCAGAACUUCUGCUCCCUUUAAAUGAUGACUACAUUAUAGAAGUGAAAGCAGUGACUGAUGGUGGAGACGGCAUUAGCAGCGAACAGAUUAAAAUUCCUAAACUAGCAAGUAUGGAUGCAAGAGGUUCUGGGGCAGCAGUCUUAAAUGGUCUAUCCAGCUAUAUGUCAAUAACACUAUACUUUAUCUUUAAAGUGGUAUUGUGUUGAUGUAUUUUCACAGAUAGAUGAAGGCCAGGUGAAUAAUUUACUUUAAAAGUGCUUUUUAAAACAACAAUAGCAGCACCUACAAAUGGUGGUUAUGCAUGGAUCUGCUACCAUUGAUUUUAAACACUUUCUAUGAAUUUCAUUCAAAAAAUAAAAUAAAGAGCAAACCAUCUACAUAUUAAACAGUUCCUUCUAAAGGAAUAUAAAAUGCCUUAAAAUGUAAUGAACCAAAGGACUUUACACAUUACAUGCUUCAGAAAUAACAAAAAUAAGUGGAUGCACAUUGCAAAAAAAGGAAAAAAGAUGUGAGAGUUCCAUUUUCCAAGCAACUCGGAAUUAUUUUAAUGUAAAUUGCAACAAAUUCAUACACAUACACACAGAUGGAAGAUAAAAACAAAUCCGUAUUUCAGCAGUAUCUGAUGGGAAACUUUGAGUUAUUUUCUAAAAGCCUCACGAUGAAUGGUAACUGGAUAACUAUCAUUCUGGCAUUUUGUUUUGUGUCCUUUUUUCCUUACUAAUUAAACACCACAAAUAUUUAGUUUACUAUUUAAAGUCCCCCUUGCCCCCAUUUUUUUGUCCCAUCUACAUGAAUGUUCAACUGCUUGUUCUUAUUUUGUUUUUUUUAAAAAAAAUAGAUUUAAACAGUCACAUUCUUUAUGUUUUCAAGCUUUUUUCAAUCGUAAAAAAGAGGAAACUUUCUUCUAGAUGCUGCACUGAUGGAAGCUCUUAUAAUUGUGUUCUUGAAGGAUUUGUAUGUCUGUACAGCAUCACAUAAGAACAUAAGAAGUGCCUCCUAGAUUGGGCUGAUGGGACCAUCUAGCUGAGCAUCCUGUUCUCACAGAGGCCAACCAGAUUCCCAUGAGAAGCCCAAAAUCAAGACCCUAGCACAAGAGCACCCUCCCCACCCUCCCCUCCAGCAACUGGAAUCACAGUUUAAGUAUCAAGAGGCCCAGGGCUUAUUUUCACACUGGAGCACUAAAUGGUCCUUGGCGUUUUACACCAGUGUGUAUUACUGCAGCAGAGUGCUCCUCUAUGAAAUUAUGAAUCAACAGUUUUAGCUUAGCAUAACGAUCAAACCUCCUAGUGUAGGGGGUGCUAGAAUGUUCUGGAAAACCAGGUAUUACUUGGACUCCAGUCUUUCCGCCCAGCAAGUAUUACUGCCAAGAGAGGAACGUUCACCACAGAAAGACACGGCAAAUAAAAUAUGACCACUAGCCCUUUGAACGGACCUACUUCCAUUUUCUAUUCAACUAAAAGUUGGUAGCUCUAAUAUUGUUCAGCCAUACAACAAUUACAGCAUCUUGAGCCUAACAGAAAAGCCUUCUGUCACAUGAACUUAGACUUUUCCUAAUAUGUUCAAUACACUAUAAAACAUUCUUACUUAGCUUCCUUUAACAUAGGCUUCCUUGUUCUUUAUUUGUAACCUAUAACUCCUCUAGUUCCUUAUAUUUUGACAUUCUUCUCUACACAUCAUAUUUAUCAUUGUAUUUUUAAAAAAACAAACAAAAACAAACACAGAUGAAGUGCCCAGAGUAGAACAUCACACUUUUUGGUGCAAUGCACCAGAGCCUUAUAGCCAGGGAAUAUUAUCGCCCUAAAUUAUUUGUGGUGUGUCUGAAUAUGCAGCCCUAAAUCUGUUGCCCUUCUAUAUACCACUGCUACAUUUUGUGUCCCGUUCAUUGGAUGCUCUUUGAAUAUUGGUCCUGCUGCAAUUUUUCCACUUUUUAGAAUGAUCCUGGAUGAUGACAACUUCACUGCCAUUUUCUUAUUUAUCAGCAGAGACUUUUGUCAGUAUCAUUAACUGGACUGUUUUAAAUCAACAUUUUCAUAGCAAUGGGAUAAUAUAUAGAG